AUGUAUGCAAAUGAGAACAUCGCUUCUCAUAUCAAAUAUGGCGGCUAUGCAGGCUGCAAUGAGUUCUCGUGUUAUGUUCUUGAAUGUGUGGAUAAACUACCCGUAGGAAGUGAGAAAUAUAUAGAUUACAUGGACCAGAACUAUUUCAUGUUUUCCUUUGACGACGUAACGAUGGCAGGCUCACCAAAAUGUGACGAACCAGAGCCAGAAACGCGUCGCAAAUCGGAAACUAUUCACUCGGGUCAUUUUAUGGUCAGCGACGUGCAUGAUAAAGGCUACGAUUUCAGUAAAGCUACCACAAACACUUUUAAGGACUAUAACUUUGUGGCACAGAAAGCUGCUGCUUCGAACGUAUCACAGAUCGAUGCAUCGCUUAGUAGAUUGUUUGAAUGUUUGACCAUUGCAUUUAGCGGUAAAGUGGUGUCACCAAAAUGGAAGACAUUCAAGGGAAUGAAAUUGUCCAUGAAAGACAAGAUACGGUUAAAUAAUGCAAUAUGGAGAGCGUGGCACAUACAGUUCAAGCAAAACAAGAACCCUAUAGUGUGCCAGUUUGCUACCCCACAUACAGACCAUGUGCACGCCUCACCACAGGCUGUGGUGAUAGAGGGCAAAUACUGGAAGAGAACUCUAGAAACUGUGGUACAGGAAUACAAACGAUGGAGAGUGUAUUACAAAGAAAGGAACGAUCUCGACUGUAUAGACGAAGAUCUCCAGGAAUUGAAAAAUCAUGAAGAAUUCUUAGAAAGACUAAAAGAAUCAGAGAACAGCUCUCGUUUAUUCUAUCCCAUUCCCACAACAAGCACAGUACAACCCGUGCCAUCACCUAUGCUGGUGGAAGAACAAGAUCUACUCAAUGAAUUUACAGAUACUUUAUUCUCAAGUCUUAACCAACCUUUUGCAUUUCCCAAUCCAAGGGAAAUUGAUUUUUUGGAAAAAAUUCAAAAUAGCGCGAGCAAUGCACCACCUGGAAUGUUUGUAUUCAUGGGGAACAAUUACGGUUAUAAUGGUGUCAAUUUGUUACAAGAUAACCUAUUACAACCACAACAACAACAGCAGCAGCAGCAACAACAACAAAUACAACUGCAAUCUCAACAACAGAUCGCUGGAGGCAGUGGCAAUAUGGGAUUCCAAAGCCAGUUCACCAAUUUACCUGGUUCCCUUGAUGACGCUAUAAAUAGUCUAGCCUCAGAAUCGUCUGGCAGCGUGCAACAACAGCAAUCACUAUCACUACCUUGUUCUCCUGUCUCAACAAGUGCGCCACAGCAGUUUGUGUCUGGUAUAUCUAUACCAAGUACAGUUACGUCUAGUAGUAUGAUGUCACAGUCUGCAAUGGCUUCAAGUCCACCAUGUAACCUAGCAGCUGCACUUGCUAUGAAUCUUCCCCUUAAUCCACUCGCUGCUCAGAUUGCACAGGCGAUACAAUUAUCACAGCCGACAACCACGUCCAACAUUCAAGCCAAGCCUGUGACUUUCAGAACUGUAGCAACACAACCAUCUAGCCUGUUAUCUCAAACUCCUCCCGUACAAACCAGCAAAAUGUCUUCGUUUCUACCUGCAAAUUUAAACUUUACUUCACAACCACCUCUGCAACAAGUGUCAACUGGUAGCUUUACAUUGCCUCAGCAGCAGUUACCACAAGAAGUGCAGACAUCACCGGGCUUGACAUAUAGUACAAUUGAUCAGACACAGAGUCAGAUGCUCAGUCUAUUUCAGCCAACUCUUAUAAACGUUUCAGCUGAUCAGAAUCAGACUUUUACACAAACUCAGACUCAGCAACCCUUGUUUUCCCCUUCUGAUAAGAAACCCACAACGAAGGAUCUCCUUGCCCAGAGUAGGACACCAUCUACAGCAGCUGCAAGUCUUACAUUUCCUUCAUCAACAAUUUCACAGCCGUCACAGAUAUUACAAGAACUUAAUCAAUUGAAUCAAUCCGCUCCAGCAAUGUUGCAACCAAUUGUUGCCACGGCUACUAGCAGCGUGCCCCCGACGACCACAGCGACAGUGACAAGGACACGACGAGGAAGUGGAGGAUCAAGUCAGUCAAGCCCUAAAAAUAAAAUUAGUCCUAUGAGACCUAAACAGCCGAUAAAUAUCGCACCCGCACCUCCACCGUCAAUAAGUACAGCUGUCAGUACCCCAAAUACAGUGAACACCUCAUCACAGGCAUCCAACAACACAUUUUUAGCACAGCUCCUUACAACAGGUAACUAUCCUGGGCGUAAUAUGACCGUACAUCAAACGUCAAGCUCUCAGGCACUGAUAUUACAACCAAUCAAAACAGAGUUCUCUUCAAUGCCCACUGCAUGUGCUCUGGUUUCAUCAACAAGUAUACCAAUACCCACAACACAACCAAAUUUUGUCUUGGCUUCGGCUAGUGGCAGUCAGUUGAGUGACCUUCCUUCUGGUAGUCUGCUGGUUUCAACUGAAAUACCUACCAAGGUUUCAAGUGCAGUGAAUGUUAAAUUGAGUUCAAGUACUACAUCACAGCCAGAAGUUGUUACCACGUCAACGCCCUCUACAGCAGUCAAAGUUUCAGAUUCUGCGUCGUCUUAUCUUAUCUCGUCUAAAUCAAUGAUUACUGAUAUGCCGAAGUCAAUACCAAUGGACACUCCAGAGGAGAAGUUUUCACUAGCAGAUGAGGAGCCUAAUGACUCAAAGAAGGCAAAUCAUCAAAAUGCUGAACAGAAAAGAAGGGUCAAUAUCAAGGCUGGAUUUGAUACUUUACAAACAAUCAUACCUGCUUUGGUUCAAAAUCCCAAUCAGAAAAUUAGCAAGGCAGCAAUGUUACAGAAAGCUGUUGACUAUACUAAUAAAUUGAAACACGAAAGAACCCAGAGACAGAAUGAAGCUGCUCUGUUGAGAAGGGAAAUAGAUUCUCUGAAUGCAGCUAUCAAUGAAACUCAAGCUAAGUUGCCGGCCACGGGUGUUCCAGUUACUAAGCAACGCUUUGAUCAAAUGAGAGACAUGUUUGAUGACUACGUAAGGACAAGGACUGGACAAAAUUGGAAAUUCUGGAUUUUCAGUAUUAUAAUUCGGCCAUUGUUUGAGUCGUAUAAUGGUAUGGUAUCUACAGCCAGUAUUGAUGAGCUAUGUCGGACAGUCCUUGCAUGGUCUGAACAACACUGUGCUCUCACUGCUUUAAGGCCAUCUGUUCUACCAUCAUUAACUCAACUAAGUACAACCACAUCAAUCUUAUCCGACCCGUCAUUGGUGCCAGAACAAGCAGCACAGGCAGUGAAAAAACAGCCCGGUAACCAGUAAUUGGUUUUGUUAUUGUUGCCAAGGAAUCAGAAGUGGAUAGGAAUCUCUGGUAUGCUAAUUGAUGAUUAUAGAUGAUACCAUUGAUGCCAUUUUAAGAUAAUUGUCAAAUCUCUUUAUAACGAAUGAAGAAAACAAUGCAAUUUAUUUUCUACAUGUUUAGUUUAUCAUUAUUAUGUACAAUGUUGAAAUGUAAGCACUGUGGUGUCGACUGUGACUGACGUCAGCUGAUGAUGCAGUGCUACAAUUGAUGUUAUCUUCGUCAUCUUCCACAGUGAUAAGAUUGUUAGAAUGUAACUUACUUCCAAUUUAUAGAUUAUUCAAUAUUUUUGCGUCACAGAUUUUGUAAGGAAUGUUGAGUAAAGAAUGAUUUUUUUUUUUUCUAAAAGUGAGCAGUCAUCUUAGAUGCUUUGUGUAUUCCGUCAUAUCAACAGCAAGAGAUUCUAUGCUUGUCAAUUUCACUAUAUUAUUAUUUUGUCUUGCAUGGAACAUUUACACUUAUAUGACCCUUUAAUUGCCAGGCAAUAUUGAAUGUUCUGUGAGCAUCAUUGAAUUGAGUGCCUCUUUAUCUUACAUAUCUUUUAAGCCUUCAGUUAAAGUAAGAGACACUUCAAUGGCAGAUUAUGCCUUAUUUGUUAAUUUCAAUUCAUUAGAUGUAAUUUGCUUUUGUACAGUUUAAAUACAUUUAUUUCCCUUUUUGCCUAGGCAUCAGCUGUAUCACCUUUGACCUGUUAGCCAUACCUCUGACCUAUGCAGCUAUGUUGAAAUUGUAACGCCAUCUUUUGCAGCCAUGUUUUAAUUAUGAUACCGCUGACUGCCAGUCAUGUUAAAAUUGACACCUGACUUGGUAGCCUUGUUGAAAUUCAAAGUACUCUGAUAUAGUUGAGUCAUUUUUUGGAUCGUUACAUUGGUUAUCUACAUUGAACACUGAUUAUGUAUAACAGUAUGUAGCCCCGGUAGUACAUUUUUAUAGUUAUGUUCUGGCAGGAAGAGUAACCAAAGUUAAUAUCUAUUUGUAAACUUUUUACAUUGUACAAUACCAAGUAGCCAAGUCUUGGAAAUGAUGAAGUAUAUUGCAUCUGAGAUUUAUGUCAACAGUUAUUUUAUUUCGAGAUAUUUUUUGUUCACUUAUAUUGUUUUUUAUUAUUUGAUAUUUUUUGAGAAGCAAUAGUUGAUUGGAUGUGUUUGAUUUGGUCACACCCAAUGUAUAUGUUACGUAACCUUGAUAGCAAUGAUUGUUCUAUAACCUGUGACUGUCACAUGAUAGGGUGAAUAUGACCUAAUUCCAUAUCAAUAACCAGCAGUGUAUUUGACAUGAGAGCUCGGACCUAACUGGGUGGGGAAGGACUGGAUGUCAUUUGGUGAGAUUGACUAAGAAGACAUAAUGUUAUGCCUUUAAUAUGUAUAAUAUAGUGUCGUAUGAUUUAUUACAUCAAAUAUUUUGUUUAUCAAUAUUUAAAUCCUUAAUAACAAAUACAGAUGUCUGCGAGAGGACGAUUAGCGUUCCUGUCUAGACAUAAUGCACAAUUUGUUCUUUUAUUCAAACUGUCAAUCUAUUAAUAUGACAAAAUUGCAUGUAUGACUGUUUUAUAUAAAUAAAUGUAAGUGUUAUAUAAUUUACUUGUGCACAUUUGCAUAUAGCAGUAUCUUGGAGAAGAUCAUAUUGAACAUAUUAUGUACAACCUACAACGCAAUAGUGUAUUAAAAUACUGCAAUUUAAAUACAUAUUUAAUUCCAUUAAAAGGUUUAUACAUAUACUCUUUGGGGGUGAUGCAAUUUCUUUGCAUAAAAUGCAUAGAUGUAUUUGAAAAAUUGAUUUUGGUCAGUAAUUGUUUUUUUCAAAUAUUUUAUUAGUCUCGAAAAACUGGUUUUAUUAAUUUGGAUUAUAGUCAUUUCCAAGUCAUUUCUGUAUGGAAACGUGCAUAUGUAAAAGCUUUUUAAUUGGCUCAAACAUGGCUGCCAUGUAUAUUGUCAACAUAGAUAUUAAAUGCAUGUUCACAACCAUUUCAGGUGACUGUGCAAAUAUGAAAACAACAUAUAUUGAGUUGUAGAUGCCCACAGU